GAAAAGCAUGCCCUUCUAGAAGAAUUGAAAAGGCAGCUGAAGACCCAAAGGGAGGGCCUGCAACCCAAGAUCAUUGAGUUUCCAGGUGAUCCUCGCUCAUGCUCUGGGCUGAGCAAAGCUUUUGAGGGUCAGGAGCUGAUGCCUGUGGAGCUAGCAGCUCACAAACCAGGCAAGUGGCUGAGAGCAAGCGCCAAGGAUUUGCAUCCAUUGAGGGGACAAAAGCACUCCCCAUCUGGAGGGUCCCAUGAUAUGGCAGCAAUGGCAUCAAAUCCGCUCCUCGGCAUGCUCUACAACAUGCUCAUGCAGGGCCAGCAGCAGCCUUCAGAGAAGACCAGAUUGAAUCUCCAGGUCUAUCCCAAAAAGGUCAAGGCUCUUCAGGAUGGUGCAGCCAAUGUAGAGGACCCUCCCAAACCGGAAGAGCCCGUCAAACCUGAAGAGCCAGCCUUUUGA